AUGAAGAUCUCAUCCGCAUUCGUCCUUACCCUCCUCACCGGCGCGCUGGCCGCGCCCCAGGCCCUGGUCAAAUCCGAAUCAGAGAAGCACGAUGUUGACGUCACUGCUAUGGUCCUCCAGGGCUCUCGCUUCACCAAUGCAGUUGAAGCUAGAUUUGAGGAAGUUGGCGUUACACUCGAUAUGCGCGAUGUUGCUGCCGACGCUGUCGAGGGCGAGGAGGAUAUAGUGGCAAGGGGGGCCAAGAAGAAGGCAGCGGCACAGAAGGCAGCGGCACAGAAGGCAGCGGCACAGAAGGCAAAGGCACAGAAGGCAAAGGCACAGAAGGCAAAGGCACAGAAGGCAAAGGCACAGAAGGCAAAGGCACAGAAGGCAGCGGCACAGAAGGCAAAGGCACAGAAGGCAGCGGCACAGAAGGCAAAGGCACAGAAGGCAAAGGCACAGAAGGCAGCGGCACAGAAGGCAGCGGCACAGAAGGCAGCGGCACAGAAGGCAGCGGCACAGAAGGCAAAGGCACAGAAGGCAGCGGCACAGAAGGCAGCGGCACAGAGAGGAUAG